ACUCCCUCCCCCGCUCCCCCCUAAGCCUUCAGCCUGUCCGUGCGGCCCGAGCCGGAGCUGGAGGAAUCGGGGCGAGAGGGUCGAUGCUGCCGGGAUUUAGGAACGGAUCCCGCCGGAAGGUGCAGUUUCCCGUCCAUAUGCGGACUGAGAAUUCUUCCGUUUAUUCCACGACACUCCCAGGGAGUGUGAUGGAUGAAGAUGGCCAGAACCUGCGCCGUCAGAAACUCGACAAUCAGUGGAAUCUGCUCAAACAGAAGCAGAGACGGAAACGGCAGGACAUCCUGAUGGUCCAGGCAAACCCAGAUGCGAAGGUGAUGCCCAGGCAGCCACGGAAAGCUGAUGAGCAGGCGUCCCUCUUCAAAACACACAGCAUCAACGUGCUGUCAGACUUCUCCUGCAAGAUUCCAGCAGAGGAGAUAGCCAUCUCUCAUCUCCAGUUAGAGUCCCUCGACAAUGGGGACAGUUCAUUUGUCGACAGAGAUAUUCGUGAAGUGGCUAAAAUCAACAAGGAACCAACAUGGGAUCUGGGAAAAGAUAUCCUGGAAGUGGACGUGGAGGAACUGGACGAGAAUGGGACAGAAAAUCUGACCACUUGCUUAGAACUCAGAGAAACAGCGACAAGGACUGAGAGAGCUCGGAAACUGGGGAAAGAAAUGUUGGAUGCCGAUCCGAGAGAGUUCAAUCAGGCUGUCAAACUGGAAACUCCUUUGAAGGCGAAAUCCCAACCAGAAGCAAAUCGAGAGAAAAGGCAGAGACGGAGAGAAGCAUUCCCAGUGACAAAAGCUCCGAUUCCAGAUUCCAGCUCCGGUACUAACUGCUCGUCAUCUGUUACCUCCCAAAUGGUGAAGAAGAAGAAACCAAAAAGGACAGGGCCUGAGGAUUGUAUCGUCCAGGAAGAGCUGCAGGAGAUUGAGGAGAGCAUUGAGGUUUUUACAGUGGAGGAAUCGAGUGAAGACCAGGAGGAGGAGCUCACUGCCCUAACAGUCAGUGCAAAAAGUAGCAGCGGAACCAAAAUUGAAGCUCAUUCACAGAAGAAGCUCGAUGAAGAUGACACUGAGGAUGAAAAGGAGGUGGGUGAAGAUGACACUGAGGAUGAAAAGGAGAUGGGUGAAGAUGACACUGAGAAUGAAAAGGAGAUGGGUGAGGAUGGGAAAGAGACAGAGAAAACUGAGAGUGUCUCUCCACAGAUUCACAGCUGUGAACAGCCAGACUCACCUUCAGGCAAAAGUGAAGAUCCCAGAAGUGAAAGUGUCUCAGUUAAAGUGGGAAACCUGGAGGAAUUUGCUUUCAGACCAGCUCCACAAGGAACGGUUAUAAAAUGUCGGAUCACCAGGGACAAGAAGGGGAUGGAUAAGGGAAUGUUUCCAACCUAUUACCUGCAUAUGGAGCGAGAUGAUGGGAAAAAGGUAUUCUUGAUGGCUGGGCGAAAACGCAAAAAGAGCAAAACAUCAAAUUAUCUCAUUUCGACAGAUCCAACGAACCUGUCCCGCACUGGAGAGAGCUUUAUCGGAAAAUUGAGGUCUAAUGUCUUUGGCACUAAGUUCACUGUGUUUGAUAAUGGAGUUAAUCCAGAGAAGAUACCAAUGGUGCCAGAGAAUAUGAUGCUUCGGGAAGAGAUAGUAGCUGUAUGUUAUGAAACAAACAUUCUUGGAUUUAAAGGACCACGGAAGAUGACAGUGAUUAUCCCAGGAAUGAAUCUGGAUGGUGAGAGAGUUUCCAUUCGACCCAAGAAUGAACACGAGACUUUGCUGGCACGUUGGCAGAAUAAAAACAUGGAGAAUAUAGUCGAGUUGCACAACAAAUGUCCCGUCUGGAAUGAAGACACUCAAUCUUAUGUCCUUAACUUCCACGGACGUGUGACACAGGCUUCUGUGAAGAAUUUCCAAAUCAUCCAUUCCAAUGACCCUGAUUACAUUAUCAUGCAGUUUGGCCGAGUGGCUGAUGACGUCUUCACUAUGGAUUACAACUACCCAAUGUGUCCCAUUCAGGCCUUUGCCGUGGCCCUCUCUAGUUUUGACAGUAAACUGGCCUGUGAGUAGAUUCUCACUUGCUGCCAGCGGACAGGAACUGGACAUGAUCAAUCUUUGAAUUUCCACAAGACCAGGAAAGUAGGAGAAGAUACAAGCACAGGAGCUGUAUAAUAGAGGGAUCCAGGAAUAUUCUGCAGAUUUAUCAGAAUCUCUGACCCUAAACCUGAGACAAUGUUUGAAAAGCGUCAGAAAUUGGGGCAGGUUUAAUGAAUAUUCAUGUUAAAUACUUGUGCCGUGAACCUCUGCGUACCUUGUCUAUGGCAUUAUCAAAUGUUUGUACAGUGUUUUCUCACAAUCAGGUAUUUUUGAUCCUCUACCACAUUAUGCAAUAACUAGACAGGUUGUAAAUAUUCGGUAUAAUUCGGAAUGUGAUGAUAAUGUCAAAAUGGGUGAGGAGUUGCAUCAGGCAAGAGCAGUAAACUUUCUGGUAAGUUUCUCCAAAAUUUAGUAUGUGGAACUGGUACAAUGCACACAGUUGAGAAUCCCAGAGUGAUUUAGCACAGAGGCCAUUCAUCCCAUAGUGUCAGUCCUGGAACCAGCCAGAAUAUCUUUUCUGCUGUUUGCUAUGGUGUUUUCUGCCUGCCUGAGAAAGGCUGCACUUUUCCAUUUAUUUAAUCUUGUCCUCUACAGAUUCUCAAAUCCAUUCCCUGGUCUCUGCUGCCUCUGAAACAACAGAAAAUGUUUCAGUUGUUCAAAGGCAUCAGCAUGGCUAGCCAAUGGUGAAAUUUUUAAAAAUCUCAGGUCAAAACUUUUGUCCAUCUCAUUCCAACUGCGACUGUUCAGAGGCUGGUGAGGGAACUCUGGCCCAGACCUAUAUUCACCAGAAAAUAUCCCAUUCCUCAUCUUUGAAAUGCUGAUUACAAGAAGCAGAAUCACAUCAAAUGUCUUCAACAAAAUCCAAUUGAAUCAGAGUUAAUGACAAUCCACAACUAAACUUCCAUCCAAAUUACAUCGCAUCAAACCCAGACCUAGGUAAACGAAGCUCCAUUUCCCCGCAGGAUUGUUGGGAGGGUUUCAGAGAAGGGGACUGGGUGGCUUUACAGAAAUUUCUUUAUUUCUUUGCCCAUGUUUAUUUUGUAUCAACUGCCUUCACUAUCACACUUUCCCUGCCCCUUACUGGGGUGAAUUUGUUCAUUGCAGGAAUGGGCCAAAAUGGGAUUGGAAUGGGGUUAGUGAGAAUGGAAGAAGAAUGGAGGAUGGCUGAUGGGAGGUUGUGGGGAAUGGGAGGGUCGGAAAGGG